UUUGGUGAAAAAACUCCCUCUGAGACUUUUCUAUUGUAUAGAUCUGAUACUGGUAAAAAUGUUCAUAUUUACAUUGAAGUUCACCGUGCAAUGCAACCAGACACCUUUCGGUUGUAUUUACUAACAUCAGGAUUAGUGAUUGAGAUACCUAAAACGGAAGAUUGUACAAUGGAAGGAUAUGGUGUGGAUUUUUCUUCUAACCAUUGCUCUUCAAAUCAGCCCAUACUUUAUGUUGUGGCUCCAAAAGAUUUCAUAACACAAAAGGAAAUUGAAUGUGGUCAGUCUACAUAUAAUCCUCCACCAUCUCCUGAUCAUUCACCAGCAUGGAGUGAAGAAAAUUUUGAAUUUGAAAGUCUUCCUAAUUCUGAAAGUUAUGUCGGUUUAGUAAAUCAAGCAAUGACAUGUUACUUAAAUAGUUUACUACAGGCAUUGUAUAUGACUCCUGAAUUUCGAAAUGCAUUAUACAAUUGGGAAUAUGUAGAUGGAUCAGAAAAAGAUGAAGCUAAUAGUAUUCCAUAUCAAAUGCAGAAAUUAUUUUUAAAUUUACAGACAUCAACAAAAUCAGCAGUGGAAACUACAGCAUUAACAAAAAGCUUUGGUUGGGAUUCCACCGAAGCUUGGCAACAACAUGAUAUUCAAGAACUUUGUAGAGUCAUGUUUGAUGCUUUAGAAUUGAAAUUUAAAAAUACAGAACAAGCUGAUUUAAUAAAUAGAUUAUAUGAAGGAAAAAUGAUUGAUUAUGUUAAAUGUCUUGAAUGUGGUACUGAAAAAACCAGAGAAGAUACUUUUCUGGAUAUCCCAUUACCAGUAAGACCAUUUGCUAGCAAUGUAGCAUAUAAUAGCGUGGAAGAGGCCUUAAGAGCGUUUGUUCAGUAUGAAACUUUAGAAGGAAGUAAUCAGUAUCAUUGUGAAAAAUGUAACAAAAAAUGUGAUGCUCAUAAAGGGUUAAAAUUCACAAAAUUCCCAUAUCUUUUGACACUUCACCUUAAACGAUUUGAUUUUGAUUUCAAAACCUACCACAGAAUUAAACUUAAUAAUAAGGUUACUUUUCCAGAUAUAUUAAAUUUAAAUCCCUUUAUUACUUCUACUAUGCCAAGUCAAGAAUGUCCGAACAGUGAUGAAAAUAUUGGUUCAGUAAAAUCCGACGAAAAUUCGAUAACAGAUAGGGGUACAUUAGAUGAUGACUCUCCUUCCUGUGAAAAUAGUAUUCCUAAUAGUAAUCAUUCAACAAAUCAUGACCAAGAUGCUGAUGAAGGCAUAGACAUGAGUAAUGGACCUUCAACAUCGAAUUGCACUGUGCAUAAUCAUGAAAACGAAAAAAAUCGUAAUAGUAAUGCAGCAAAGGGACCUUAUAAUUAUGAAUUAUUUUCAAUUAUGAUUCAUAGUGGUAGUUCUAGUGGUGGGCAUUACUAUGCUUAUAUAAAAGAUUUUAGAACACAAGAAUGGCUGUGUUUCAACGAUCAAAGUGUAACUCAGAUAACUCAUGAUGAUAUUCAGAAAACGUAUGGCGGUGGUUCUACUAGGCCAUACUACAAUAGUGCUUGCAGUAGUACCAAUGCAUACAUGCUCAUGUAUAGACAAAUUGAUCCCGCUCGUAAUGCUUUACCUAUGCGUGUAUUCGAGUUUCCAGUACAUAUACAGGAAUUAUUAAAAAAAAUGAAAGAAAAUGAGGAUAAUGCCAGAAAGCGUUGUUCGUUAGUACUUAAACUAGCAAUAUAUUGCCAGCGUCCUAACGAUGAUAAAAAACUGUGUGUUAAACUCAACUUUUCGCCUUUUGCAACUUUGGCUGAAAUCACAAAGGACGUUUAUACAUAUUUUUGCUGGGACGGAAUAGUGAGUUUAAAACAGUGUCGUUUAGUGUCUUAUGAUCACUACAAUGACGUAAUCGAGGAUACCUACGAAGGGAGAGAGCAUGAGACACUAGGAAGUAUUAUUGGUAAUCGAUUGAUUCGAAACAGUUUAUUGUUAGAAAUAUACGAUAAAGAACAAAAAUUCGUGCCAUAUCUAGAAAUUCAUAUUGUAACCAAAGUAUGUGUCGUUGACGUAGCUAAGAAAAAACUUGUAGAAGGGCCAAAAACUGUACAAGCUUUACAUACACAAACAGUGAGAGAAUAUAAACAAAUGGUAGGAAAACUUGUUGAUAUGAAUCCAGACGAGAUGAAAAUAGUCUUACGAAAGCAUGGAACAAGUACGAUUAUAAUCGUACGAAAUGAUGACGUUGACCUGCAGACUGCAGAGUUUUGUAAUGCAGUAAGUGUGUUCAUAUGUAAUAAACGUGAUACAGAGUGUGAAUCUUUCCUUGAAGCAGCAAUAAAUGGAAUUGCAGAACAGUUAGAAAACAUUAUUACAUUAUGUAUAAGGUUACCUCUUAAUCCAAAUAAAGCAUACAUAGAAGAAUUGUAUAAAGGUUUAAGAGAAUCUGUUUUAAGAAGAAAACGUAGAACUGACGGUUCAUCCAAAACAAACGUUAACGAAUCGCAUCGUGAUGCUGGUUUAAAAUGUAAUGAGGUUCCAAAGAGCGGAAAAUCUGUUGAAGAUGCUCCUGCAAGGAAUGCAAGUCCGCAAUUAGGAGAAGGCGAGGAAUGGCAUACUCCUGAACAGAGCAAUAGCGAAGAUAGUAGUCUCAGUGAUAGUGAUAAAACUUUAGUGGGAGAUGCACCAGGAGAUGAUGAUUUUCAAUUACCUUAUUUUCCACCAAGUACGAGUAAUCGUACCGGUAAAAAGUUAAAUCUAUUUCGACGUGAUAACUGGAUUACUUCCACUGAUUCUACGGACUACUAUUUUAAGGUCACUUCAGUCACAAGUUAUAACGAGAAAAUUUUGAUAGUACUAAGCGACAAAAGAAUAAGCUAUAACAGCUUAAAGGAACGAUUAGAACCACAUGUCGGUGUACCCACAAAUUUUUUCAAAAUUUGCCGCCUGUUUGAGGAAUGUGGCGAAUCAGACUGUAGUUCGUUAAUUGACCUUGUUUCUUACCGGGAUGGUGAAACGCUUUGGAUAGAGAUAGGACGGGCUUUACGUAAUGGUGAAUUUAAAGUAAAAUUGUAUCAGUUUUUCCUUGGUCCAAGCGAGCCUUAUAAAUACUUAUUCGAUUGGAUCGUUUCGGACGACAUGACUGUCAGACAAGCGAAAAAAGAGAUUCUCGCAGAAAUGAAGAAAAGAUAUAAUAUUGAAAUUCCAUAUGAGAGAUGUCGAUUGAGGAAAAAAAGCUUCAUGUUAGAUUCAAAAGUAUUUUUAGACCAUCAGAAAUUCGAGGAAUUAAAUUUUUAUUUAUCAGAAAUGAUGAUACAAGAGUUACCUGAUAAAGACCCAUUUACCAAUAGCAAUCAAGCUAUUGUAUUCGUCCGGCGAUGGUACUCUACAAAAAAUCAACUUGGACCUCCUCAGGAAAUUGUUUUGGAUGAAAAGACUGUAGCAGAAAUGUUGAAAAAAUUGUCUUUACUAUCUGAUAUACCUGAAAAAUAUAUAAAUAUAGCAAGAGGAAAGGGUUUCAAACAUCAUAUACACAGUGAUUUAGAGUUUAAUGUGUUAAGGGUUGAUGCUGACCUUAAUCUUGAAGAUGGUACUAUGUUUUUAUACCAAGAUAACAGGGGGGAAACUUCAGAAGAUUUUAUGCGGGAAGAGUACAAUGAACUUGCAAUUCAAGAAGUACCACGUGUAUUACCACUUUGCUCUACGUCACGUUAUAGUGGGCGUAAAGAGAAAGCGCUUAGAAUAUAUUUGGAUGAUGAAUGAUCGUCCAUCGAACAUACACCCUCUGAAAAACAUUUGUUAAAUAGGCAUGUGUGGGAACAUGAAACGUUUGCGUACAAAGUGAUUACAUCGUGUCAGGUAUUUGUGGAAUGUAGUACUCAACAAU